CAAUCAGUCCGAAACAGGUGUUUGGCUUUGUUGUUUUUUUCGUAAAUUCAUAUGAAAACUCUCAAGAAAACAAAUUUGUGUUAGUCAUGGAGACCAGAUCCAAGGCAAGCCGCCAACAUCGAUCGUUGAUCGAGAAACUUCCAGAUGAGGUGUUGGUGGAAAUUUUCAAGUAUUUGGAUUCGUGGAGCAUUCGUCGCUGUUCAGAAGUUUGUUUGGCGUUCUUUCACUUGACUUUGCGUCCAGAAUUCAGAAAAUUCUUUAAGUUGACGAUUUCAGAAGAUUAUUUGGCUUCCAAUUGUGGAAUCGGAGAGUUGUUUGCACCCGAAAGACGCACAAUUCGAACUUUUGAUCAUCUCACAUUGGAAAACGCAAGUUUCAAGACACUUCCAUUUGCCAAAAACUUUUUCAAAAGACUAGGAGAAGAAAUUCGGAAAAUACAGAUUUCUGAAAGUUUUUUCUCUCCAGUAAUUUUUCAAGAGGAAACAAAGGCGCUUGAAGAAAAUUUGCGUGAGAAUAUUCUGAUAAAUUUCCCAAAUUUAGAAGAGUUAAGUGUGGAUUUAAACCAAACUCUUGAAAAAAUCCAACACUUUCCGCCGACAUUGAAAACAAUUUCUGUCAACAGAACGAUUUAUUGGGAGAAUCAAAAGAAUUAUAAGGAAUUUUUGGCGGUCCAAAAGGGAUUGUCUCAUCUGGAACAACUUAAAUUUGCAUUUUUGGGUAGAAAAUUGAACUUCCGGGCACACAGAAUAGAGAUUUACGAACAUUUGGAAAUGUCAGAUGCAGUAAACAGCAUCAAUAACAUCAGUCUAAGUUGGGACUUACAAAUAAAUUGCAAUCUUCUUGAGCAUUCAAUCAUCGAACCAAGUUGCAUUACCGGAUUUUAUAUUUUCGAAAACUUUAAUUUUCCAUACCGUCCAUUGAAAAAAUUUCCCAAUUUGGAGGAAGUUUCAUUACUUUUACCCGCAGAUGAUCCGUGCCUUGGUGAACAUCACGAAACUUUAGAUUUGUCGCAUGUUAGAAAGUUAGAUGUGACUUCUGCACGUAAAACAAAAUGUGAUAUUUGCAUUUUGCAAAUGAUAUCGUCCUUCUCAGGCUUAACUAAACUAUCGUUUCAUGGAAACUUGACAGAACAUCAAGUUCGUUUGAUAUUUAAUGACCUGCCGAAACUGCAAAAUUUUGAAUUAGUCGGGCGCAUUCCAAAAAAUAUCUUCGAUUCAUCUAAAUUCAAUUCACAUUCAAUUGAAAAAUUGAAAAAUCUGCAGGAAUUGUUCAUCAUUGACGUUACUUCGUUUUCAGAAACAGCUCUUUCGAACGAUUGUCUUCUGAAAUUUGCUUUUUUACCAAAUCUCAAGUCUUUGCGACUUAGCGGCAGUAAUGAAAAUGAUGAAUUUGAGAUCGAUGGAAUCCGGAAUUUGGUUCGACAAUGUCCGAACCUAUCCAGCUUUUGCUCGACAGACGAUGCAUUUACUGGUGAAAUGGUUCGAGAAAUGUUGAGUGGAUGGUGUCAGUUGGAUACUUUGAUGUUGCGAAAUAUUGUCUUUGACCAGGAAACUUGGAACUUCGCAAAGGCCAAUUGUCGAUUCUUGAGAUAUUUGUCUGUAUCUGGUGGAUAUUUACAAAGACGGUCAAUUUUUAAAAAUAUUCCUUGUUUAAAAGUCAUGAAAAUUAACGGGACAUUUUACUCUCGUGCUGAAUAUGAUCAUCAAGAUGGCAAGCCCAACUCAGAAACUGGAUCUUGGACUCUUCAAUAUUCUGCUGCUGCUUACAAAUUUAUUUCUCGAGAAGAUGAAGAUUUUGGAUAUUUAAGAACAGACAGUGAAUUUUCAGAGGACGAAUAUUCAACGGAUGAAGAAGAAUAAAGAAGACAAAAGUUAAAAAAUCACCGCGAUUAAUUUCAACCCAAACAUUUUCUAAUAGAAUAUAUAUUUAUUUUUUUUUUGCCAUUAAAACUGUAGAUAA